AUGGCACUACUUUUCGGGGAGCAGUGCUCCACUCCACGCAACAUUGGCAUCGAAGUAGAAGUUCAGAACUUUCCGAGGGAGACUCCCCCACCCCUGAAUUGCAACCCCACAGACUGGUGGAAAGUGAAUGGAGGGAGGUUCCCCAGGCUGGCGAAGUUGGCGCCAAAAUACCUCCGCAUCCCCGCAACUUCGGUCCCUUCGGAGCGAGUGAUUUCAGCCGUUGGACUGACGGUCACUAGGCUGCGUUCGCGUCUCACCCCUGAGCAUGUCAACAUGCUCAUCUUCCUGAACAAAAGCCAGUCUCAAGAUUCAGGCCUAUCUGUACCACAUCCUCUAUGGCCAGUGGACCUGAAGCUAACUCACUUCGACUGGGAUGCUGAAGCCAUUUUAAUUCACUUCCAAGGACAGUACCUCACUAUAUGUGAACUAGACUACAACAUCCUGCAGGUGGAAAUACAAAACACACCGAAGAUGACAGCUGCAGUGGAUGUAGGAGAGUUUUGUCUUGUAAAAGAGUUGAUCACAGCUCACUGGUAUAGAGGAAGGGUUCAGAACAGACAUAGGGACAUGUUUGAUGUUUUUCUCAUUGACCAUGGAAAGAUCUUGAGAGUCGACAUUGCCCAUUUAUCUUCAUGUUCAAAUGAUCUGUUCAGUCUUCCUCCUAAGAUAGCCUGUGGCUUUUUUGCAAAUGUGCUCCCACUUCAAGAUUGCAAGGAUUCUGUGGUGAAGCAGUACUUCUCCUCCUUAAUUGGAAAAAACUUCACAGGAUACAUUCAAGCCUUCUUUCCCCACAAUGUCCUCGUAUUGGAAGCCCCUGACAUAAACAAGGACCUUGUUGGUCAGGGAUUUUGGAAGCAUGUGGACACAGACACAUUUCUCCUCUUGGUUGAGAUGCUUACAGAGGUACCGCUUAAGCGAAAUGUCAAACCUGUUCCAGAUUUAGUCAUUGAGAAUCCAAGGAGAAAGGAUUUGUGUCUUCAACAAUCCAGUCUGCAGAGAUGUAUGAGUAUUCCUUUAUACUACAGGCCUAAAAUGAGUACAGGAACAUGUGUUAAAGUGAGAGUAACUGCUGCAGUGAACCCUGGGCAAUUUUACUGUCAGAUGACCAGUAUGGCAGCAGAUCUGCAGGUAAUGUCAAAGGAGUUGGCUGUAACUUUUGAGUUUAGAAGCAAAAAUUCCAAUCAGAACCCUCUGGAAAACCUGGGCCUACUCUGUUCAGUGAAAGGCAAAGAUGAGCGAUGGUACAGAGGCUUUGUGCAGUCUCUACAGCUGAACUCUCAAGUUAAAGUAUUCUUUGUUGAUUAUGGAUUCUGUGAAUCUGUCAAAGUUGAGAAUGUCCACAGGUUACCACCUGAUUUCCUUUCAACACCAAUUAUGGCCUUUCCAUGCUCAUUGUCCUCUGUGAUUGAUCAAGAUGAAGCAGUGAAAGCUCAACAGCUGAGUUACCUUAAGAAGGGCUUGCUUGGAGCAGUAUUGGAUGUUGAAAUCAGUAGUUUUGAUGAAGAGUUAAAUCUCUGCUCUAUUAGAGUGCUCAGUGCUGAAGAUAGUUAUACAAUGGAACCAGAGCCAAUCCAAGAUCUUCUGAAAAAGAAGACUGAGAUAGUGUUAGCGUGUGAGCAGCAGUUACCUCAGGGGGGCUGUGAGGCUUUCAUAGCUAAUGCCUUGAAUGAUUCAGUUCAAGCAGAGGCUUUGCAGGCGGGCACUGAAUUUGUGGGCUAUGUGGUACAUGUCCAAAAUCCCCACAAUUUCUGGAUGAGAACAGAAAAACGGAAUCCUGAAUUUGAAAAAAUUAUGGAAAUAAUUACAAAUCAUUUCAGUAAAGUAAAACUGAAGGAAGAGGUUCUUGAUAAUCCCAAGCCUGGCACAAUUUGCUGUGCGAUGUAUGAGGAAGACAUGCACUUUUACCGAGCCGUUGUGACAGAGAAUCUUGAACGUGGAGCUGAAGUGUUUUUCAUUGAUUUUGGGAACACUGAAAAAGUGCCACAUAUGUUGAUAAAGAAAAUACCUAACAAGUUAGGCACUGAACCAGCAUUUGCCCUUAAUUGCACUCUUUGCAAUAUCAUUCAUGUAAGUGACAUUUGGACUUCUGCCAACAUUAAAUUCUUCAGGCGAGCUGUGUCGGACAAAAAAAUGAAAGUCCACGUUAUCGAUUUUAGAAGAGAAAAAUUGGUUGUUGAUCUUUUUAAUAUGGGAGGUGACAAGAUUCAGAGCAUUGCUGAGGUCUUAAUCUCAUCAAAUCAAGCUGAACACUGGAAGUACAUGUCAUCAAAAACAGUAGCACCAAAAAUAGGUAUGGCAUCGGAGAAAACAAUGGGACAAUGCUGCACACAGUUGAGUUUAACACCACACAACAUGUUAAGUGAAAAUACAGGAGAAGAGGAGAAUUAUAAGAAUAAGAAGGCUACGGAAGUUCAAACAAAAAAUUUGAAGGAACAGUACUUAAAAAACACAAAUGAUGUCUCGACCAAUGCUUCUGCUGGUUUCAAAGCUCGUUACUUAAAACCUGGUUGUGAGUUUGCCGUUCGUUGCUCAUACAUAAGUUCUCCAUCAGAUUUCUGGUGCCAGUUGCUUAACACUCUUCCAUGUUUAGAGGCACUUAUGGAGAAGAUGCAGCAGUAUUAUGCAACUCACACCAUUGCCAUCCAGCCAAGGAUUUUAUAUUGUGCUGCAAAGUCACCAAAAGAUGGAAGAUGGCACAGGGCCUGCAUAACAAGUAAUCAAGAAGGUUAUGCGACAGCAUUCUUAGUUGACUAUGGCAUGACUGUACAAGUCAAGAAGGAUGACCUCCAGGCAAUACCACCAGAGUACAUGGACUUGGAAGGCCAAGCUUUCAGAUGCAGCUUGUACAACCUUAUUGAACCCAUUAACCCAAAGAGUUGCAGGAAGUGGAGUAUGAAGGCAUGUGAAUCAGUAAGGAGUUUCAUACAAGACAAUGCUGACAACCUACGAUGUAGUGUUAUUUCUCAACAGAAUGUGAAAAAUGAAGGCCUGUAUAACGUUGUUGACCUGUACAACACUAAAACUCAACAGUGCUUGACAAAAAUACUUGUGGAACAGGGCCUGGCAAGAGAGGGAAAAAUCUCAGCCAACUUAGUGUCAUACAUAUAUCCACAUUCUUUCAUUUACUCCAGCUUCAACCUCAGCAGUGGAAGUGAGGAGCAAGUCUAUGUCACUCAUGUGAGCAGUCCUUGGGAGUUCUACUGCCAGCUUGACAGAAACAGCAAUAUCAUUGAAAAACUUGAUGAGCAAAUCUCAAACGAGAGUAAGAAAAUAAUGGAAGGCAACACAAGAACAGGGAAGUUGUGCCUGGCAAAAUAUCUUGAUGACAAAUGGUACAGGGGCUUGGCACACUCUGUUCUGUCACCUCAACAUGUCUCUGUGUUCUUUGUGGAUUAUGGAAACACACACACAUCAGAGAAAAGCAAUGUCAUGAGUAUUUCCAGAGAUUCAGUUGACUUGUUGUAUACCCCCAUGCAGGCUAUCAGAUGUAGUCUUGCUCAAAUCCCAAAGAAGGAACUCUAUGCAGAGGUCAAACAAUGGCUUGAGAACACCAUCCUCAAUAUUCCAGUCAGACUUGUUGUCAUCGGAAAGAAUGAAAAUGAGUCUUUUGUUGUCAGUUUGUUUCAUGGAGAGAUUCACAUUAAUGAGAAAGUGAAGGAGCUAAUUUCCAGUCCAACACCUAGUCCAAAAAGGGCUGUUGACAACCCCAGGCCAAAGACAAAAUUUAAGCCUUACAUCCACAGAAGGUACAUGGAGACACAAAAUAAGUGCCACAACCACCCCCAAGAAAAGGUGCCACACACAGACGAAAUGCCUAAACUUUCUAGUCUGCCCAAGAAUAAAGUAAGUGUGGGCUUCAGGGCUUUGUGUUAUGUCACCCACAUCGAUACAGUCAACAGAUUUUUCCUCCAAAUACAAGCGGAUGAACCGGCCAUCUUGAAGUUGAGGGAGGAUCUCAACUCGAAUUUGUGCAGAGGCGCGCUGAGGACCACACCAGCAAAUUUGAGAAUCAAUGAUCUUGUUCUAGCUGAAUAUGAAGAGGAUGGUGCUGUGUACCGUGCUGUGGUGAAAAGUUGUGAAACAAGUGGCUCUGUUAAAGUUGAGUUUCUGGACUAUGGAAACACAGAAAUUGUGGACAAGGAAAAGACUUACUGCAUGACGUGGCAAUAUGUAUCUCAGCCAGGAUUCAGUAUACCAUGUGCUCUAAAAGAUGCAAGCACCUACAAAGCCAACGCCACUUUUUCUGAUGCUGUAAUGGGAAAGCCUCUCAUGGUUGACUUUGUUAGUCAACUUGGCACUCGGUGGAAAGUUGAGAUUGAGAUAUCUGAAAAAAAAGGUGCUUAUGCAGUGGCACAUAAAGCAGCUGCUGACAAUGGUAGUGCAGCUGAUAAAAAAGAUGAGGUCCCUGCUUUGCCCACGAGUUCAACUGAAAAGGCAGAAUCACAUGUAUCCUGUGAACGAAGUUCUUGUGUAAUGUAUAAUGACCAGAUGAUUAUACCACCCAUAGAGGCUCAGAAUAUGACAAUGACAAUAGAACAGUGUCUUGGUUUGGACACUGGCCAUACUCAGCAACUCUUUUUUGCCCCCAUCUGUAUGGACCAAGCAUAUUUAGGCUUUGCUUCUUCAGUAACCACUCCCUUUGCCUUCUACAUUGUCCUGGAAGACUUAUUUCACAUGAUGAACACACUGUCCACAAUGUUAGAUGACCUCCCAGCAGAUUUGUCACCUCUGCCUGCAGACCACCUUGUCCCUGGCUCCUGUUGCCUGCUGAAAUCAAAUACCAUCAGCAAGUGGUGUAGAGCAGAAGUCCUACAUGCUGACAACACUAUGGUUGCAAACCUAGUUGAUUAUGGUUAUUGCAUGGAUGUGCAAGAUUGCUUUAAUUUUAAGAGGCUUCCAGAAGAGCUAAUGAGACUACCAAAGGUGGCAUACCCAUGUAUCCUGAGGGGAGUUAGGCCUAUUCAAGCAGAAGGGCAAUGGACAGAUGAAGCAGUUAGGUUCUUCCAGGAAUGUCUGUACCUGAAAAACCUCCAAAUCUUUUUUAGAGAAUUUGUGUCAGAUACACAUUGGGAGGUGGACAUCAUGGUAGAUAAUAUCCAUGUUGCCAAGGAACUGGUGGAUGCCGGACAUGCUAGUUACAUAGACGUCAUGCUGGGACUAAGGUUUCAGGAACUAAGUCUCUCUAAAUAUAGCUGCCAGACCCUGUCCAGAGAGGAUGACUGUGACCAGGAUAACAGCAAAGAUGUACUCACUGAUUACCUUGAUGGAAAGCCAGGCCUGCCCACACAGGUCAAUCAAUGA